AUGGCUCAGGCAAUUGAUAGUGGAGCACGAGUGAGAAUCGCGAAUCAAGAUCUGUGGAGACAGUUCCAUAAACAUACCACGGAAAUGAUCGUUACAAAGAACGGAAGAAAACUUUUUCCCAAAGUCGAGUUUGUACUUGAGGGACUUCAACCGGACGCUAAUUAUGCACUUGUGUUACACAUUGAAAGAGUUGACGAUACAAGGUAUAAAUUUACGAAUGGAGAGUGGGUAUCGGCUGGUCGUGCUGAUCCACGAACGCCGUCGAGAGCGAUUCAUCACCAAGACGGCAUUUCACAAAGUGGUAAGGCGUGGAUGAGGGGUACUGUUUGCUUUGAUCGUGUCAAAUUGACCAAUAGCACUCAAGAUGUUGGACCGAACAUACAGUUGUAUUCAAUGCACAAGUAUCGCCCCAUCUUGCACGUCUAUCGAAUCAGCGAAGCAGUACCCUAUUCACCAACAUCAGGCGUAUAUCAACCUAUGCAAAAUCAACUUGUUCCUGUGGCGAUGGUUUCAGACCCAGUAAUGGAUUUCAUAGCCGUAACAGCGUACCAGAAUCAAAAUAUUAUCAAGCUAAAAAUUGAACACAACCCAUUCGCGAAAGGAUUUCGAGAAGGUUCCGAGCGAAAACGAUCGUUAUCAAAUAGUCCGAGUGAGAUGAAACUUCUUGAAUUAUCCGUUUUGAACUAUUCAUCACCUUCACCAUCAUCUAAACGAGUUUCUCGCGGUUCAACCACAAUGAUUCCCACUGAAUUCGCUGGUGCAUCAAAGUACGACAGUUCAGCUUUGAUGCGCUCGCCUCAGUCUUCAUUGACUCCGAUGGCUCCAUAUGCAAUUCCGACUCCGAACUGGACUUAUCCAAUGUGGAAUCCGUCAGCGUAUAUGUUUGCUCCAAUGAUCAAUCCACUGAAUGCCUAUCAAUUCCCAAUGCAAUCUUCCUAUUACGCUCCACAACCUUGUCAUGGUAAAAGUAUUUGA